UCGCUCCUUCUCGACGUGUGCCUGCGUGUGCUCGAGGCUGGCCGACUGGGCUUUUUUCUUCGCCUGCCGCGCCCUUCAAGCCGCCAUGUCGUCGCCGUGCGCCCCUCGCAGCAUGCUCCUCCAGGAGCCCACGCCAGAGCUCUUCUCGUCGCCGCCGCCCGCCUCGUCGGCCACGGCAUGCUCCCGCAAGCCCAAGCGGCCGCCGCCCAUCACCCCCAAGCGCUUCACCCGCUUCUUCACCCCGCGACACUCAAAGGAUGUCGCCUCGCGCGCUUCUCUGUCGCGCUCGGGCCGCCAGCUGCAGGACAUCACGCGAUCGGCCCUCAACCGUGGCCGGGCAACGCGAAGUACGCCGCGCAAGACGGUCAACUUUGUCGACAUUGAGAACCACAUGCGCACCCCGCACACGUGCGCCCGCAAGAGGAAGUCGUAUCUGUCGCCCGAGAGCUCCCCCGUCCAGUCGUCGCCCUCGAAACGAUCGCGUUACGUCACUCCUUCGGCAUUCGACGUACUCGACGACGCGCCCGACCUCGACGAGCCGGCUGUAUAUCCCACACCCAUCCGGCGCCUGAGGCAGUUGGGAGGGCCUUCCCGCACUCUGCAGCGGUCAUUCGGCGGCAUCCUGGGCGUGGGAAGAGGGUUCCGGAGAGACCAUGGCACAUCAUGGCAGGACCAGACGGCCAACUUCUACAGCGGCUCAGACGACCUUCAUCACCUACCACAGGAUGCCCCGCCCUUUUGCACCGCCAGCUGCAACACCAACUCUCUGCUCGCCAUAGGAGACGAAGAUGGAAAUAUCCACCUGCUCGAUUCCCAUGGUGACUUUUCCAAGGCUCAUUUGUCGUGGAAAGCCCACUCCAACGCCAUCAUGGACGUGCAGUUCUCUUCAGAUGACACAUUCCUGGCAGCAGGCUCUGGCGAUCAGACAGCACAGAUUGUCGACGUGCGCACGCAGCAGACACUUGCCGUUCUUGCUAAACACAAGUCGUCAGUCAAGCAGGUGCGCUUCCAACCGGGCGACGACAAAAUCGUAGCAACUUCGAGUCGCGACGGUGCUGUGCAGAUCUGGGACCUUCGGUGCAAAGGCAACCAGGGCUCGAUCCACUCGGCCUGGGGCUCGGAUGCCCCGUAUGCCAGCGUCGUCCGAACACUGUCGUCCGCUCAUGCCGAUGUCAAUAUGCCGUCAUCUCUCUCUGCCAACCGAACCCCAUCGAAUACCAAGGCGGAGAACAUUAACCGCCGAAACGACAUUUCCGUUACCGCCCUCACCUUCCUGCCCGAGGGCCGCGAACAUUUGCUUUUGACCGCCUCAGACGCAUCCACAUGCGUGAAGCUAUGGGACAUUAGGGGCCGAUACUCUCUUCGAGGCCCUGCCAUUCCCAUUGCAACCACACGGCAUCCCGAAUCUCACAACCGCCACCGACACUUUGCCAUCAACUCGCUUGCCCUCAGUGGCGACGCGUCCCGGCUCUACGCAUUGAGCAAAGACAACACCGUCUAUGCCUACUCUACAAGCCACCUUAUUCUCGGCACCGCUCCGGAGCUGUCGUCGUCGGCAGCAUCCAAACAAAAAUACUGUGGAGUUGGCCAAGAAGGUCUUGGUCCCAUCUACGGCUUCCGUCAUCAGAGCUUCCACGCUGGCUCAUUCUACGUCAAGGCAUCGUUGCGCAAAGCCUGCAACGACCAGACGGAGAUGCUGGCGGUUGGCAGCACCGACGGUGGUCCUGUAUUAUUCCCCACCGACGAGGCAUUCCUCAAGCGCGAAGCCCAGUACGACGAUGACGAUGCAGAUGAUCUCCCAGAUAUCACUGGCAUUGCUGGAAAAUCUUGCAGACCAUUACUAUUCCGCUCGCUCACAAACAGUCGCUGCCCAGACACUAUUCCCAUCUAUGAGCACGGCACAGCUCUCGUCCGAGGCCACGAUGCUGAAGUUACCAGUGUUUCCUGGGCACGCAACGGCAGCUUGAUCAGCGUAAGCGACGACUUUCGCGUCCGGAGGUGGAAAGAAGGCCCCCAUGCCAAAGAGCUCAGAAUUGGCGGCGAGGGCGAGGGACGAAGAUGGCAAUGUGGAUGGGCUGCUGUUGGUGAAGAUUACGAUGAUGACGACGAGUAGUUUGUGCAUCUAUACCCAGCGCCGUUUGUUUAUUAUACCCCUUUUGUGUCUUAUUCCCCAAUGUUUGGAU